CUUUCCAGUCUAACAGCCUGUUGCUGAUCAUUUAGAGCAAACUUUACAAUCAAGACUACACAAUGAACAGGACCUUUCUCUUUCUAAUUGGUACAGCUGUGCUGCUCAAUGGCAGCAGUGCAAAGCCAUACAAUACUUGGAAACAGGAGUUCCUUCCUAAACACCAAGAAAGUAAACUAUACCCAGAACAAGAGGUGAUAAAAGCUGUAUUCAAUGGGAAGAUGUCUCUUGGGCUGAGGGAGAUUGAACCACCAGAAGAUGAAGAGUUAACAUAUGAUAUUGACCCAGACAUGAAGAGUGCAGUUAAACAUCCAAGGGAGCAAAAAUACAAGCAAGCAGAAGAGGACAGUGAUGCACUAAAUCAUCACUUUGAUGCUGUUCAGAAGGGCUUCCAAGUCCCAGCCAUACUAGAGAACAAGCCUGAGGAACAAGUGGAGGUUUUGCAAAAUCUUCCCAAAGAAUUUGGAGGUUUGUAUGCAGAGGAAAUGAGGGGGCCUGAGGAAGACAGGGAUCACCUAUACCAUGUCUCGUUUGAUGCUUCUAAUGCUGAGAACUAUCCCGCAAGGAUGGCACAGCCAGGUUAUGAAAUUAUGGAAGGGCCAGAAGAAGACCGUGAUCAUAUUUAUCAUCCCUUUUAAAAUAAGACAAAUCAACACACCUAUGCACAGAAUUACAGGUAUUACUUAAUCAUGCCACACUGGCUGGUUUACAUGACCUUUCAAAAAGUGCAAUUGAUUCUUUCUUAUUGUUUACUGAGAACAUGUAAACUAUACACCUUGAAUUUAAUCAUUCUGGGACAUAUAUAACUAGUACUGUAAUUGUAACUGAUUGUCAGUGUAUUACAAAUUGGA